GCCAUCCACCUUGAAAUAUAAGUGCUAAGGUCGCAAGUAUAGUAACAACGGCUGCCCCACCCUUCAAACCGAAACGCAUUACUGCUUCACGGCAGAAAUAGGCAGGGUGGUGGUACCUACCCGCGCGGACUCACAAGAGGUCCUACCAUCAGAACACAUACAUACACCAAAAUAAUAUCUUUUUUAAUUUUUGUCUGUCUGUUUGUUCCGACUAAUCUAACGCGCCGCCAAGGUGUGACAUCAAAAGAGUGACCGGUCGGCGGCGUAUCGAGCUCCGACCCGGCUGGUUCAGAUUCAGCGGGAUAUCCCGGAAAACCAGUGGUAUCGCCCGGGCGGACUGGCGGUUGGGCGUCCUCAGGGUGGCGAGUCUGGUAGUAGUAGCAGAAAUAGGCAGAGUGGUGGUACCUACCCGCGCAGACUCACAAGAGGUCCUACCACCAAUAACGCAUAUAUGGAAUCAAAAGCAGUGAGCUGGAGAAAACAAAUCCGCAGAAUCUUACUUGUCAGACGUAUUAAUCAUUCUGACCUAAUAUCAAAGGGUCAAAUAAUUGUGCCUAUAUAAACAACGAUUGGCUCUUGAAUAUAGGACAUACAAUAUUGAAUCAGAGAAGUUAUGUUGAGAUCAGUGCUUUUCCUGACCACGGGCGUUUUCUUCGCUGCUAUCUGGACGUCAGUUACGUGUGAUGAGCCUUACAUGAACCUACCGAAAUGCAUGCAGCCUUUUGGUAUUACGGGCCUUUGCAUGGCCAGCAUCCAAAGCUACACGUACAACCAAGGAACGAAGAAAUGCGAAAUCUUCAUCUACGGAGGAUGCGGCGGAAGCAAAAAUCGUUUCAAUACGAUAACCGAAUGUGAAAAUGAAUGUUUGAAAACAUGAAUACCUACUGUGGAAUCGGCAAGCGAUUCAUUCUCGUAAUCCACUAAAACUGAUAAUGAAUUUUAAUCAAAGCAAAGAAAAUAAUUACCAAACUUAUCGGACAAAAUAAACGUGUUUCUCUUAUUCUUCGUA